CGAUAUGCAACGCGGAGACAUUACGAUCAGGGAGCUGCGUACCCGUUCGAGUAGGAGGGACCUUGAUAUACCGGAGCCUUGUAGGAGGGUUAGCUCAACCGUGGAGGUUUACCAUUCGCUUUCGAGGAUACCGGUUCAUCGCAGGUUACUACGCUAUGUCCACCGACAUCCGGCAGCAGAUCGGUACUUCAAGCACAGGACUAGUCGUGCUCACCAAUGCCGACGCCGAGGAGCACGAGGAGGCUCCAGUCCAGCCGUCUGGGAUGAGGUCGAAGGGCAUUCGAUUCUGGCUCGUAUUUCUGGCCAUCUGCGUCUCGCUCUUCCUGUCUGCGUUCGAGUUCACCGCCGUAUCCACCGCAUUGCCGACCAUCGUGCAUGACCUGAACGGCGAGGAUUUCGUCUGGGUGGCAUCAGCCUACGCUCUAGCUGCGACCGCGCUGCUGCCCGCGAGCGGUGGCAUGGCUCAGAUAUUCGGCCGGCGACCUUGCAUGCUCUUGUCGCUGGCCUUAUUCACCCUCGGGAGUGCGCUGUGCGGGGCCGCCAAGACCAUGAACUGGCUGAUUGCCGCCCGCACGAUCCAAGGUGCAGGCGGCGGCAGCAUCCUCGCGAUAUCCGCAAUAAUCAUCUCCGAUCUUGUUCCACUGGCCGAGCGCGCGCUGUACAAUGGGUUCAUCGGCCUGACGUGGGCGGUCGCUACGGCGAUGGGUCCGAUAGUGAGCGGCGCGCUCGCUGAGAAUGGACAGUGGAGAUGGCUUUUCUACCUCAAUCUCCCACUCGCGGGAGCAGCAGGGGUGCUUGUCGUCCUGUUCCUCAAGAUCAAGACCCCGCAAGGUUCGUUCCGUGAGAAGAUGGCCCGAAUGGACUGGAUUGGCAACGCGCUUGUAAUCGGUAGCUCGACCGCCAUAGUCCUCGCUCUCACGUGGGGCGGUGUACAGCAUCCCUGGAGUUCUGCACAGAUAUUGGCGCCGCUCAUUAUCGGCGUUCUUGGCCUCUUGUCAUUCUUGCUGUACGAAGCAAGGGUUGCAAAGCAUCCUCUGGUUCCCAUCUCGCUUGUGUCCAACCGUACAAGUUUCAGUGGCUAUGUACAGACGUUCAUUCUACCUGUGCUGACCGUUGCGGUGACCUACUUCAUACCAGUGUUCUACCAAGCAUGCUGGGGUGCCUCGCCCAUUCGCUCCGGAGUCCUGUUCUUCGGGAUUUCCCUGACCGUCGGCCCGUUCCUCAUUCUCGGCGCAGUCAGCAUAGCAGCAACGAAGACGUACCGGGUGCAGCACUGGAUCGGAUGGGCGGCCUGCCUCGCCGGCCUCGGAGCCCUGUCAACACUGAACGAACACACCGACAUCGCACGUGCAACAGGCGCACUUAUUGUCUUCGGUUUCGGCAGCGGUCUAGUGUACGGGGCAACGUACUUCCCUGUGCUCGCCCCGCUCCCUGUCACGGAGAACGCCCACGCGAUGGCGUUCUUCCAGUUCUGCCGGUCAUUCGCCACCGUCUGGGGAGCAACUAUCGGUACGGCUGUCUUACAGACACAGCUCACCAAGCGGCUGCCUGCAGAGUUCGUAGACAUGCUCCCCGAUGGCGUCGCCAUCGUGUACACCGCCAUCACUGUCAUCCCGGACCUUCCCGAGCCGCUGCACACGCAGGUGCGCGUCGCAUUCGCGGACAGCAUUCGCAUACUCUGGCUAGUUUUCAUCGGCAUUUGUGGCAUUGGCGCCCUGGCGUCACUGCUGAUGAAGGGGCUGCCGCUGCACACGCAGCUCGACGAACAGUGGGGAAUGGAGGAGAAAGAGGGCCAGGAGAGCACUGACGAGGAGGAAGCUCAGACCGCAGCUCCUGAGAUUGCGCCUACACUCAUUCAGUAACUCAGGUGGGUCG